UGGGGGAAGAAGAUGUUUCUAGAAUGGGCCACGUGGCAUCAUAUACUCACUCUCUCCUUCUCUCGUCCUCUCUAGAACCCUUCCUUCUUCUUGGUCUCUUCUCUCUCUCCCAAAAUUCUCUGUUUUACUUGCAGACACGCUUAGACACAGAAAGAUAAACACGCGCGCUCGCACACAUACACAUAUAUAGUAAUUUUCUUUCUAGGGUUGGGUUUUGAAUUUUUCUGGUGGAGGGAAAUGGCGACGUCUACCGCUCAGAUUCACGUUCUCGGAGGGAAUGGCUUCGCUUCUUCAUCGUCGAAGCAUUCCACUAUAAGAUCUCCGAGAACAGUGUUUUUUGGCCACGGCCUGGGCGGGAGGACGGCGUCGUUUCGCUUGCCGGCGUUGAGUAAGAGCUGCCGGAGGAGUUCUGGCGUCGCAGGGCCGGUCAGGGUGGUGGCGGAAAAGGUGGUGGGGAUCGACCUCGGCACGACCAACUCCGCCGUGGCGGCGAUGGAGGGGGGCAAGCCUGUCAUUGUGACGAACUCUGAGGGCCAGCGGACGACGCCGUCGGUGGUGGCUUAUACCAAAGUCGGCGACCUGCUCGUGGGUCAAAUUGCGAAGCGCCAGGCGGUGGUUAACUCUGAGAACACUUUCUUCUCCGUUAAGAGGUUUAUUGGCAGGAAGAUGUCGGAGGUCGGCGAGGAGGCCAAGCAGGUUUCCGACACUGUGGUCCGUGAUGAGAAUGGCAAUGUCAAGCUCCAGUGCCCUGCCAUGGGGAAGGAGUUUGCCGCCGAGGAAAUUUCUGCUCAGGUUUUGAGAAAACUUGUGGAUGAUGCAUCAAAAUUUUUGAACGAUAAAGUCACUAAAGCUGUAGUCACGGUACCUGCUUACUUCAAUGAUUCCCAAAGGACAGCAACAAAGGAUGCAGGCCGGAUUGCUGGUUUAGAAGUUCUACGAAUUAUAAAUGAACCUACUGCUGCUUCACUGGCAUAUGGUUUUGAAAAGAAGAACAAUGAGACCAUUCUGGUGUUUGAUCUAGGAGGUGGCACCUUUGAUGUUUCAGUUCUUGAGGUUGGCGAUGGAGUGUUUGAGGUCCUUUCUACUUCUGGUGAUACACAUCUGGGUGGUGAUGACUUCGACAAGAGAAUUGUAGAUUGGCUUGCUGCUGAGUUUAAAAGAGAUGAAGGCAUAGAUCUUUUGAAGGACAAACAGGCUCUUCAGCGUCUAACUGAGACAGCAGAAAAAGCAAAAAUGGAAUUGUCAUCUUUGACACAGACAAAUAUUAGUUUGCCUUUCAUUACGGCAACUGCUGAUGGGCCCAAACACAUUGAAACCACCCUUACAAGGGCAAAGUUUGAAGAAUUAUGUUCCGACUUACUAGACAGGCUUAAAAAACCGGUUGAAACUGCUUUGAGGGAUGCAAAACUUUCUUUUAAUGAUCUAGAUGAAGUGAUCCUUGUUGGGGGAUCAACGCGUAUUCCUGCUGUUCAGGAACUUGUUAGAAGAAUGACUGGAAAGGAACCCAAUGUGUCUGUAAAUCCUGAUGAAGUGGUUGCCCUUGGUGCUGCUGUUCAGGCUGGUGUUUUGUCUGGAGAUGUCAGUAACAUUGUCCUCCUUGAUGUGACACCAUUAUCUCUGGGUUUGGAGACUCUUGGUGGUGUUAUGACAAAAAUUAUCCCGAGAAACACAACACUGCCCACCUCAAAAUCUGAGGUGUUCUCAACAGCUGCAGAUGGGCAGACCAGUGUAGAGAUUAAUGUUCUCCAAGGUGAGAGAGAAUUUGUUAGGGACAAUAAAUCUCUUGGUAGCUUCCGUCUGGACGGAAUUCCUCCAGCCCCACGUGGAGUUCCUCAAAUUGAAGUCAAGUUUGAUAUUGACGCAAAUGGCAUUCUAUCUGUCACUGCUGUUGAUAAAGGCACUGGGAAGAAGCAAGAUAUUACAAUUACUGGUGCUAGCACCUUACCAGGUGAUGAGGUAGAGAGAAUGGUGAGAGAAGCUGAGAAGUUUGCCAAGGAAGACAAGGAAAAGAGAGAUGCCAUAGACACAAAGAACCAGGCAGAUUCAGUUGUGUACCAAACAGAGAAGCAGCUGAAGGAUUUGGGAGACAAGGUUCCAGGUCCAGUGAAGGAAAAGGUUGAGGCAAAACUUGAAGAGCUCAAGAAUGCAAUCUCAGGGGGGUCAACUCAGGCCAUUAAAGAUGCCAUGGCUGCCCUUAACCAGGAAGUAAUGCAGCUUGGCCAAUCCCUGUAUAACCAGCCCGGUGGUGCAGCACCCGGUGCUGGGCCUUCACCUGGUGGCAAUGCCGAUCCUUCAGAAUCAUCGGGCAAGGGACCUGACGGGGAUGUCAUUGAUGCAGACUUCACAGACAGCAAGUGAUGGAAAACACCAGAUAUUAAUAUUCAUGGUUAGCUGAGUUUUCCACUUAAAUUGUGUAUAAGAGAUGAUUUUGCGAGUAUGGAAUUUGUAGCUGGGGUUUAUUUCAAGAUUUUGAUUCCAUGGGGUGGUGGGAAAAAUUAUGAGGAAAAUAACGGAUGGAUUUGACUUUCUUGGUUGGUACAUAUGGUUAAGCUUGUAAUUCUAGAUUAACUCCCAUGAUUCUAAAAAAGAAUAGAGGAUAACAUGGAAUGAUACAUUUGUAUUUUCAUUAUA